AACACCAAAAGUGGACUUGUAAUCUGUUUUGUUGAGAGAUCCCAUCCAUCAGUUGGAGGGGGGGAAACAAGAGGAAGAGAAGAAAAAUCAUCCAAAAGAUGGGAAUCAUAUCCAGAAUUCUCCGCAGAAGACGCAAGACAUGGUCUGCGGCAGAAUCUUCAACAACGUCAGAACCAGACACCGCAACUACGACGACUACAACGACAGCCCCAACGACACCGACGACACCGACGACACUAACGACACUAACGACAACGACGACAGCCACAGAUGAGAGCCGCGAUGGCGCAGCCACUCCGGACACGGCGGCGUCGGUGUGCAGGCAGUCUGCGGACCUCGUCGCGCUCCCGGCCCAGUAUCAGCGCAAGUGGACGAAGCGUGGCUGCGUCUUUUAUGUCAACCACGUCGACAAGACAACUUCGUGGCUGCACCCGGUCAAGCUCGGCGAGCUGCGCGAGGCUGGGGUCGUGGCGCCCGAUGAGGCCAGCGGGCCAGAGCGUGAGUUAUUUGAGCUCAUGACCAGUGGCGGCAUAGAAGCGGGGGGUCUGCUUAUGUCGAGGGAUCGGGAGGGUUGGUACGCACACGGGACCCUGCCGCCGUGGAUUUUGAGGGAGCCUCGGGGAGCAGUAGGAAGAGGAGGAGGAGGAGCUCCUGGUGCUGGUGGAGUUGACGGUCCGUAUUACUGGGUCGACUACCGUAUCAACAAGGUGCUGAAUCGUGAUCCAAUCGAGGCUUACCGAGAUGAGCGAAGGAUGGAGCAGGGCAGGAGACAGGAGCUCGAGGCGGAUAUUCGUCGGCUAGGCAUGGGGAAUCCAAAGCUGGCGGCGGGCUUGAGGAAUCAGGGCUGGACUGGGCACGCCCAGGUUGCUAGUGAUCGAGAGAUUGCACAUUGGCUGUGA